AUGAGUAAAAUCUCCAACACAUUGUCCAGGCUAGUGAUAAUCGGAGAUCUGAGAGGGUGUGAUCUUGAGUGCAUACGUUUUAUCCAGAAUGCUCAACAGACGCCUUUGAAAUAUGAGCAGGUACCAUUCAAUACACCACUAGUUGUCAUGUUCUCGUCAGGUACCACAGGUACACCGAAGGGAUUGUACACUCACGCGGACAAUGUAAGAUGGAUCGCCCUUCUACCCGAUCCGAUGGAAUUUCUCAAGGCAGUCUUUGCGACAGGCGUCACAGGUUUCGGCGCUGGCCCUCGUUAUUUCUCAGAAUUGCAAAAACGCAACGUGGAACCGAGUGGGCAACAAAACUUCACACAAUCUUCUCCACAGGUGCAAGUACUGUCACCCAGCCUCGCAAGAUGGAUCGCAGACGCAUUUGGACCUGCCUGUCAAAUCUCACUCUCUGGAGGAACCGAAUUGUGCGGUUCAUUCGUGCACGGCACACGAUCUCUGCCCUCGUAUCCAGGUGAGAUUGCUGUCAAAGCACUUGGAAUGGACGUUGCCGCGUUCUCAGUGGACGGUCAACCUCUGUCUGAUGGAGAAAGCGAACAAACCCGGCAGGAAACGAUAUCACAGCUCGUAUUUCGAAAUCUUUCCUCAUGUAUGGACACAUGGCGACUUUAUCAAAGUAAAAAUCCUAACACGAAAGGGAUCUAUGUUCUAGGGAGAAGCGAUGGAACGCUCAACCCGUCCAGCGUGCGCUUCGGUAGUUCUGAAAUCUACGACAUUCUCUCGGUGCACAAACUUCGCUCUUCAAUCCUCGACUCCAUUGUCGUCGGUCAACAGCGCACCACAGCACCAUACUCAGAUACCACCGAUCGUGUUCUGCUCUUCAUAAAAUGUCACCUGUCCUCGUCCACCAGUGCAAUCAUGCCAUCUAAGGAUCUUAACACACGUAUCCGGGACCGAAUCGCCCACGACCUCACGCCCCGACAUGUACCUGCGCACAUCUUCGAGGUGCAAGAGAUCCCGUAUAAUGCGAACGGGAAGAAAGUGGAAAUUCAAGUCAAGGCGGUCGUUAAUAGUGGGGAGUCAGCAAGGAGCAGGCAGCGGCUCACGGGUCAGGAAUUGGGUAUGUUGAAGCAGUUUGAGGUGUUUUAUCAUCUGGAAAAGUUACUGAAGAAGGUGAAUGGAGGAAGGGUGGCGAAGUUGUGA